ACGUUAUCACCAAUCCCAACCUUUAGAUUCCUUCCCACUCUAAUAGCCCUCGAUUUUCGUGUCAUCCUCUUUCAAAAAGUCUUCUCCCAUUAAAAAGUGCUUUUCCACACCUCUUCUUCCUUCUACUCCUCAAUUCUCACCGUGAUUUUCCACCAAAAUUCUCAACCCUAAUUUUUUCCGCCAAAGUUUCCACGUCUCACCGUCAUGACAUCCAAUCAAAUUUCGCAGUAGAAAUAAAAAAGCGAUUAAUUAAGCAAAAUGGCUUUUCAUCACGACCAUCUCUCACACGAAAUCAACUUCCAGCCAUUCACGGAAGAGCAACAGCUAAAUCAAAGCCGCGACAUGCAAAGGCUACUUCCGUUCACCGGCGCCGGAGCUGGAUCAGCGCCGAAUUGGCUCAACAACGCCGUAAACCUACGGCAACAGAAUUUCCUCCACUUGCAACCAGACACAUCGCAAAACGACGACGGAAGAGGAAUUCACAUGAUGGAGAAAAGCCGAGAUCGAAACCGGACCGAAAGCAGCAACAUAGAAUCGGAAGAGUUAUCACAAUACAAAGCAGAUAUUCUUGGACAUCCUCUCUACGAUCAGCUUCUUUCUGCUCAUGUCUCGUGUUUGCGAAUCGCGACUCCGGUCGAUCAGCUUCCUCGGAUCGAUGCGCAGCUUCAGCAGUCGCAGCGUGUGGUGGAGAAGUACUCUUCGCUUGCUAAUGGUGUUGUGGAUGAGAAGGAGCUUGAUCAAUUCAUGACACAUUAUGUUCUCCUGCUUUGUGCUUUUAAAGAACAAUUGCAACAGCAUGUCCGUGUUCAUGCCAUGGAAGCUGUUAUGGCUUGUUGGGAAUUGGAACAGUCUCUACAAAGCUUGACUGGUGUAUCUCCAGGAGAAGGAACUGGUGCAACAAUGUCAGACGAUGAAGAUGAUCAAGCAGAGAGCAAUGCAAAUUUAUACGAAGGAAGCCUUGAUGGCGGUGAUAGUCUCAGCUUUGGUCCACUUGUUCCUACUGAAAGUGAAAGAUCUCUAAUGGAACGUGUGAGGCAGGAGUUAAAACAUGAGCUAAAACAGGGUUACAAGAGUAAGAUUGUGGACAUAAGAGAAGAAAUUCUACGAAAGAGAAGAGCGGGAAAGCUCCCUGGUGACACCACCUCCCUUUUGAAAGCUUGGUGGCAGUCCCACUCAAAAUGGCCUUAUCCUACUGAAGAAGACAAAGCAAGGUUGGUCCAGGAAACAGGACUUCAGUUAAAGCAAAUAAACAACUGGUUCAUUAAUCAAAGAAAAAGGAAUUGGCACACUAAUCCCUCAUCUUCCACUGGCUCCAAAACCAAGCGCAAGAGUAGUGGCGCAGGUGAAACAAGUAACCAGAGCUUCAUGUGAGUCGACAUCUUGUUUGGACAAAGGAAAAAAAAGACGGGAGAGAAAAAACUAUCAAUAUUCUUCAUAUAUUAUGCAACUUUAUAUGUUGGGAUGCUUCAUGUAUAGGACAAGAGCUUAUAGUGAAAAAUGAUGCGAUGUGAUGGAAUAUUAAUGUCGAAUCGAAAUUUGUUUAUAAUAACAUUGCUAAGAAAUGUUACAUUACUUGGCAAUUCUGUUUUUGAUAA